AUGGCUGGUGAGUUGUUGGUCCAUCCAGCUGUUGAGUCAUCAGACUGUCCGACCACAGAAGUGAUGUCUUCAACUCUGUCAGGAAUUGAGUCUUGUGUAUUUUCAACUGUAGGCAACCCCGGGAAGACUGUGAGAUCUGGUAGCCAAUUAUACUCGUGCGAUGCCCUAGUCACCAAAGUAACCGGAUCUUUCCAAGCAGAGACGGACUCAAGUACUGCACAUGGCGAGCUGUUGGGUGACUUGCAACCAGAGUAUGUGGCUUCUUGUCAGGCGCUGAGUCUGGCCUGGCACCCGAUCCGCAAGACCCUGGUUGUGGGCUGGGAGACGGGCCACCUCCGGCUGUGGAAUGGCGAAAAGGACUUUGUGUCCAUGGUGUCACCCCACUCCACACCUGUACUGGUCCUCAAGUGGUCCAAGAUGGGAGGACGUCUCGUAUCUGUUGAUGCAAAUGGACUGAUGGUUGGAUGGCGGUUGGACUCUCGUUGCCAGCUGUUGUCUGUUUACAAAGUGACUUUACCCAGCAUCCCAUGUGAAGCAGUAUUCCGUGUAUCUCGACCAGGUCCAGACCUGACAGGGCUGGCCCGCCGCGCAGUGGCCGGGGACCAGGUAGCUCUAGAUAUCUUCAGUGCGUGGCGUCCGCGCACAGCCGGUCGUCAAGUCUCUGUACACCAGGACAACAUGGCAGUGUACGUUGCUACUGCACAAGGUGUGAUAAUGUACGUGAAUGAAACAGGGAAGUGCCAAGAAGUGUUGCAGUACAGUGGCAGGAUAGAGAAGCUCCUAUAUCAUGACACAGAAGAUGGUUUAGUGGUUGUGGGGAUGGGUCAGAACCUCAGCUACUAUUCUGCAGAGUCUGACGGAAGUCUCAAUGAAGUUACAACCGUGAAGUUGAGUGGUAGUGGCAACGCAAUAGUAUGGGCAGGCAGUGGUGUGCUGGCCUGUACAGUCAGUGACACAACAGUGCGCUGUUGGGAACCCUCCUCAGGAGAGACAUAUACUCUGAGUGCUCAGCUACCUGACGUCACAGCACAGACCAUCACUUGUUUGGCUUACAGCUCCAACAAAGGUGUGCUGUGUGGCUGCACCACUGUUGGUAACGUUGUGUUCUGGCGACACACUGCGGCCGGCUGGGAUCCUCUCCCUCCUGCCAAGGUGCAGGGGGUAGCUAAAACCUGCACUUGGGGUGGGUCUAUGCUCGCUGUUAACUCCUCCUCUGCCACCUACAUCAUGAAAGAACACAACCUCUGUGCCGCAUACUACCGUGGGAUGUCGGCUGUGCAAGUGUCGGCGUCUCAGCUGAUUGUGCAGUCGGCAGGCGAAACUGCUGAGCUCAACACUGACCUGCAGGUGUUCGGAGUAUGCCUCAGUAGGGAACAUGCGGCUGUGUGGAGCAAUAGGACAAUGGCUGUCUAUACAGUAGCACCCCUAUCCACUAUCAACGCCAUAGGAUCGUUUGGCUGCCAGGUAGAUAGUGCAGUGCUGUAUGAGCAGAGUCUGGUGGUGGCCAGCACAUCCAAGCUGCAAGUACACACACUGCAGGGUACCGUCAAGCAGACCCUAGACUGUGACGGUCAAGCUAUCUCUCUCUCGCUGACUGGUCACUUCCUUACUGUGGCAACCAUCAACGGCAUACUCCACAUGUGGGACCUGUCACGCAGAGAAGCAAAGAUUCACGGGAAAGCCAAGGACCUAGUGGACUCUAUUUCAGACUUUGCCGAGGUGAUGUGUGCUCGCACUAAUGCUACUGGAACCAGGGUGGCUCUUAGUGUAGCUGGGGCCAAUCUAUUGCCUCUACCGAAGAUCUACGUUUGGGACAUGGAGACAGACAGCAUGCUGUGUCAUAGCUUCAGCGCACAGGAGAGUGAAGUGUCGAGGUUUGUGGUGAACCUGUACUGGGACUGUGAGGAGCCCAGACUGUUAGUGUGUGAGACACGACGCCCGACCACGCAGGCUCACUCUGCCUCUGUACUGCGUAAAGUCAUUAACCAGCAUCCUUCCAGUAUAUUAGUAAGCCUGAUCACGUCCAGUGAACAUGGACUCUUGAUACAAGAUACAAGAUCAAUGAGCCAGGAGUUUGUCUCGCUGGUGGCUGUGGACACUCCGAACUACAUUGUUCCUGAGCAAACCUUCCAAUCAGCAGUUGAAAAGAUCUUGAUGCGAGAUUUUGAGGGCUUGGAAAACUGUGAUGCUGCUACCAGAAGUGCAGUUAUAAAGUUCAGUUUUAGUCUCAUCAUUGGAGACAUCGAUCAUGCAUUCAAAGCCAUUCACAAUAUUCACAGUGUGGCAGUGUGGAGUAGCCUGGCACGUAUGUGUGUGAAGGCGCAGCGACUGGAUGUGGCCCGCAUCUGUCUAGGCAACAUGAAGGACACGAGAGGUGUGGCAGCACUACGCCAGGCUGAACAACUUCCCGAGCCUGAGGCCAGAGUGGCGGCUCUGGCAGUGCACCUUGGAAUGCUGGAGGAGGCAGAGAAGCUGUAUGCUGUGUGUGGGAGGUGGGAUCUACUCAACAGACUGCUGCAGGCUCAGGGCAAGUGGAGAGACGCUGUCAAGCUGGCAGAGGAGAAGGACAGGAUCCAUGUCCGUCACACCUGUCAUUGGUAUGGCAAGCACCUGGAGAGCCAAGGGGACCUGGAACGUGCGGCUGAGAUUGUACAAACGAGCUGA